AUAUUAGAAGUAUUUAUAAGCGCGUUCGCUCUCCUCGUCUUGCGUUCGGUUCAGUUUCUAAAUUGAGGCGCUUUUUACAGUCAACUUUCGCUUUUUUUGUGCUGUGCUGCGGUUCACGUUUGCUUUCGCUUUCUCGCAUAAGAAAUUCUUUGCACUGCCCACGACAAGGCGGCCAGAAAUAGAUCAAAAAAUACUAAAAAAAAAACGAACACAAGACAGCAAGAAGCGCAACCGGGUUCCAAUUUAAGCGAAAAAAACUCAAAUACUCAACAAAUUGAAAGCUGCAACAGACGCCACAACAGCAAAAACAAUAACAACAACAACAUAAUCAAAAGCUGCACAAUGCCCACACAGCAUACCAGAUCGCAGGAUGAGCUGGCGACUGUCAAUGCUCUCGUCUCCAAGCAUCCGGAUAUGGGUAAGGAUAAUGAAGAGGAAGAGGAGGAGGAGACAGAUACAGCAGCGGUCGUCGUGCCACCGGAUAGCGGCUGGGCGUGGGUGGUUAUGGUUGCCUCCUUCCUCUGCUGCACAGUGAUCGAUGGCAUCGUCUUCUGUUCGGCCAUCAUUCAGGAAGAGCUGAUGAAAGAGUUUCACGUGAGCAAGUUUUAUGUCACCUUCGUCUCGUCGCUGCUCAGCGGCUGCUACCUGAUGGCCGGACCCUUUGUCAGUGCGCUGGCCAAUCGCUUCGGCUUCCGUCCGGUGACCAUUGCCGGCGCCAUCUUCGGAUCGAUCUGCUUUGGUCUGUCGUACUUCGCCACCAGCGUGGAGUUUCUGUUUGUGGUCUAUGGCAUCUUGGGUGGCAUUGGCUUCUGCAUGGUCUACAUACCUGCUGUGGUCAUCAUUGGCUUUUACUUUGAGAAGUGGCGCGCCCUGGCCACUGGUGUCGCCCUCUGCGGCUCCGGCGUGGGCACCUUCGUCUUUGCUCCGCUGACCGAUCUGCUGCUGGAGAAGACAGGCUGGCGUACAACACUGGCUAUCCAGGGCAUCAUGAUCUUGUCGUGCGCAAUCUUUGGCCUCGCUUUCCGUCCCAUACAGCCCAUUACAUUGGGCGUCACCGAUGAUGGCACCGUUGUCGACGAGGAGAAGAGCAAGCUGAAUGGACAUGGCAGCACGGUGGCUCCAACCCCACAACUGCAUCAGGCGGCGUUUACCAAGCCGCUGCCCGAGGGUCGCUUUGCCUACUCCAUGCCCAACUCGGCGCAUAAUACCUACAUGGGCGCCUCGCAGCGCCAUCAUUAUCCAACGGCUGCGGAGAUCUUCAAGGGCAUGAAUCUGGAGCGUCGUCCAUCGGGCCAGGCCAACAAGGGCACGGAACUAAAGCAAUUGCGCAAGUCACAGCCAACCACGCCCAAUGGCGAUCCCCAACAGCUGACCUUCAAUCUGCACAAGGAACUCACGACUGUCGGCGAGAACGAGGAGGAGGCUGAGAACGAUAACCUAUUGGAGACGGAGGCCAAGCCCGUCAGCAUUCAGGCACGCAGACACACGGUUUCCGGACGUCGGCCACAAGAUUUGGCUAAGCGCGGCGCUGGCGGCCAUCAUGAACAGAACGGCCAUCAUCAUGGCCAGUCGCAGGCCUCAUCCCGACCCAUGUACAGAGACGAUAUCUUCUUCACCGGCUCGCUUACACGCAUCCCGCAGUAUCAAUCGCAGACCUCGUUGGCUUAUCACAUGUCCGUCACGCGUCUGCCCACCAAGCAGGAUAUGCUGGAGGACAGGCAGAAGGGUUGCCGCAUCUGCCCGGAGGCAGUGCGACGCACACUCUCUACGAUGUUGGACACCAGCUUGCUCAAGUCGCCGGCCUUCAUGUGCCUGGCCUUCAGUGGUUUUCUGACCAUGAUGGGCUUCUUUGUGCCCUUCUCCUUCCUCACGGAUCGUGCCGUUAACGCUGGCAUGGCCAAGGAGUCGGCUGUUUCUGUUAUCUCUGGCAUUGGCAUGAUCAACACUUUCGCUAGGAUUGUUUGCGGCUCGAUGAGCUCUUUCCCGAGCGUCAAGCCGCUGUGGCUCAACAAUGUGGCCCUCACCGCCGGCGGCCUAGCCACCAUCUUCAGCGGCGUGGUCAUCAAUUCCACCACCCAAUGGGCAUUCGCUGUGCUCUUUGGCAUCUGCAUCGCUUGCUUCUCGGCGCUGCGAUCCCUGAUCGCUGUGGAGUUGAUUGGCCUGGAGAAACUGACGAAUGCUUUUGGUUUCCUUAUGCUGUUCCAGGGCUUGGCUGCCACCAUAGGCAGUCCCAUAGCAGGUGCCUUGUAUGCAGCUACGCAGAGCUACAAUGUGGCCUUCUACUUUGCCGGCGGCCUAAUACUGCUGUCUGCGUUCCUCUGCUAUCCUCUGACCUGGAUAUCCAGCUGGGAGCAGAAGCGCAAUGCCAAGAACGAGGCACUAUCCACGGCCUAGAGAUGCAAAGGCAACAGAAACCCCAAUCAUUUAUUGUCUAUUGAUAGCGCCCCAUUUGUACCAUUAAGUGGUUAGUUUAACACUAAUUGCCAAUCACUCGAUGUUGUUGAAGAUAUUGAAAGCAGCAACGGCAACAGUAACUGAAAAAGCAACUGAAUUAGUAACUGGAAAAAGCAGUAGCAGCAGCAGCAACAAAUCGAACGAAUUGCUUGCUGUUCAGUGCCUGCUUGAAGCAUGUACUUGAUACGUCGUCGUAUUUGUCUAGAUCUAGAUUAAGUAGCCUUACUCUAAGUGUAAUGUUUGUGCCUUUUGCUUUAUCGAGUGCCUCGCCUCAAUUUAAACAUACACACAUAUACAUAUACAUACACAUGCAUAUAUAUAGAUACAUCUAUAUAUGUAUAUAUAUACAUACAUUAAGCUUUAGUAUUGAUUGAUCAAUUUGUAACUAAAAUUUAUAGAUAUAUAUUCAAUCAUAAGUGCAAAACGCUCCGCUGCGUGUGAGCCGAACGACGUAGAAGAUCAAGAUAAUGAUGAUGAUGAUGAUGAUGACGAUUAUAUCUAUAUCAUAUUUAGCAGCUGAGCUUAUGGCUGGGCCACAAAUCGACUGCCAAAUUAAGAGAGAUGAGGAUGACGUUGCAUUUGUUUAGUUUAAGAACUUCAACUAAAUUUAUUGGUAGCUAUUGCUCCCCCGCCCCGCCCCAGACUUGUUACAUAGUUUGUACAUAUGUAAGUUUCUAGUUAUAAGACAAGCGAAACACCCACACACACACAUACAAACCUUACAGCUGUUAUUGUUGUUGUUGCAGUUGGGUCAUUGCACCCAACUAUCCAGACCGUACUCCACGAUCCGUUGUCAACGCUUCGCCUUAGCUGAUUAUGAAAACAAACAAAACGUUGGCCCUUCUGGCAAUCACACACACACACACACAAUCAUAUAUAGGCAAAUAGUUAUAUACAUACUCAUGUUUAUCAACUAAUACUGUGUGAAAACUUGAAAGUAACAUCAUAUCUAUACAGAACAAUGAACAGCCAACAGACAAACAACACAGCAUACAGUCUAGAGCUAUGUACACUAUUUAGUCUAUUUAAAAGUUAUAUACAUUUUUCAACAACAAAAUGCAAAAUUUUAUUAAUUUA